AGAGAUGAAUGAACUCUUGCUUCCCUGGGGCCGUGGGACGGUCGCUGGUGGACUGGCUCCUGGGCUCCGCCAGAUUCCUGGGAGGGUGGUGCCUCCGGCUGUUCCCCAGAUAGAGGCCCCCGGAGGCAAAGCCUGACCGGCCCAGGUGGGAGGGCCCUGGAGAAAGGGAUAGUCUUGUCCCUGCUACCAAGCUAUUCCGGGGGGGGGGCCCCUCCCUUUGGUGAGGCUCCAGGCCGGUGUUGAGCUCCACCACCAGUCCCAGAUACUUGCCCAACGCCUCUUUAUCACCAUCGUCCCCUCCACCCCUGAAGUGGCCUGCGAUGUGGGAUGAGGGCCAGAGACCACCAAGUUGGGGCUGUGUGCUCCUGCGGCCUAGAGGAUCCGCAUCCUGUGGAGACGCGCCGGGGACACCUAUUGUGAAGUUCGCCAGCCCUGGCACCCAAGGAAGUCCCUCCCAGCUGUGGCACUUCCUCUCAUCCUCCUGGGCCUGAAAAGGGGGUGUGGACAGCAGGCCUGGGGGCCCAGGACACCGGCCCCGGGCUGGACCCCCAAGGGCCGACUGUGAGAACGGCCCUCCCUCCAGUGUCCCCGUCUGGGGUGGGGGUGGUGCAAAGCCCGGGAGGGGUGGUGUAAAAAGAGGAACCAAGCAGGGUGAGGAGAGGAGGAGCAGGAGGGGGCCCUGGGUCACGAGGCCCCGGCACUGCCGGAAAAGGGCUCUCCUCCACCCCCAUCAGCCCGGACACUUGGGCAGGGGGUGUUCAAAGCCGGAGGCGAAACCCAAGCGAUACUGGAGGCCGCUCCUUCCCUGCCUCGGCUUCCCCUCUGCGUGCAUCCGGGUACCUCACUCCCAGCUGUGCACUGGGUGGGGGUCCUCAGAGGCCCCGGGGCCACUCCAGGGCCUGGGGGGACGGAAGGUGAGGCCCGAGGGGUGACGGCUCCGGCCGUCGCCGGCCGGGGGCGGGGCUGUGAGGCCCGCGCUCGGAGAUCCCCGCCCGCCGGUUUCCUCCGGGGUCAGCCCGGCUCCUUAUCAGGCGCGGCCAGUCGGCCAGGCCCUUAUCUGUGCCGGUCCAGCAUCCUCCGGCGCGGCCGGGGGUGAGAGGGAGGAAACUGGGCCGCCGGGGGCGGGGAGAGGGCGGGCCGGUCAGGAGCAGCUCACUUUCCCUCGAGGGAUCCACGCUGCCGUCGCGGCGGCCUUCGGGAGCCCGGGAAGAGGCGCGGCCCCGACGCCGCUGCCGGGAGGGGGCGGCAAGCUCCCAGCGGCCCUGAACGCAGAGGCCGGACGGACCGGAUCGGACGGACCGGAUCGAGGCCACGGAGCCUGGCCUGAAACCCAACCGCAUCCUGGCCCUGAAGGACAGAGCUAGGGCACUCACCAAACAGGAGGACCAGCGCCGGGGUGAGCACCCCCUUGGGGUCCAUGUGCCCGCCCCAGGCCCAGGCAGAGGUGGGCCCCACCAUGACUGAGAAGGCCGAAAUGGUGUGUGCCCCCAGCCCAGCACCCACUCUGCCCCCCAAGCCUGCCUCGCCUGGACCCCCGAAGGUGAAGGAGAUGGGCCACCAAGGCUCCUCACCCCCCAGGCUGCCUCCUGGCGUGCCAGUGAUCAGCCUGGGCCACACCAGGCCCCCAGGGGCAACCAUGGCCACCACGGAGCUGAGCGCCCUGCGGCCCCCACUGCUACCACUCUCUACCCUGGGAACUGUCCCACCGCCCCUGGCCCUGCAUUAUCACCCUCACCCCUUCCUUAACAGCCUCUACAUUGGGCCGGCAGGACCUUUUGGCAUCUUCCCUAGCAGCCGGCUGAAGCGGAGACCAAGCCACUGUGAGUUGGAGCUGGCUGAGGGGCACCAGCCCCAGAAGGUGGCCCGGCGUGUGUUCACCAACAGCCGGGAGCGCUGGCGGCAGCAGAACGUGAAUGGCGCCUUCGCAGAGCUCAGGAAGCUGCUGCCAACGCACCCGCCCGACCGGAAGCUGAGCAAGAACGAGGUGCUCCGCCUGGCCAUGAAAUACAUUGGCUUCCUGGUGCGGCUGCUGCGCGACCAGGCGGCCGCUCUGGCCCUCCACCGAGACCUCUUCCGAGGGCUCUCCGAGAACUGGGCUGCUUCUGGGGGCCUGCAGAGCUCCCCGGGCUGGAGGAGACAAGGGCUGAGUGGCUGA